CAGAACUAGAGUUCUCGGCCAAUUAAUCACUGGUGAUUGCACGCGGUGUUUUUGCCGUCUGCUAAUCAGUCAGUCGUGGCUGCUUUCUCGCGCGUCAGUUCGUUCUCUCUUCAUCCUCCCUAGUGACGUUUUCGUUUUGUUUGUUUUUAUUUUUGCAUGACAUUAUUUAUUAUUUUCUUGGGAGUGUGAACUGAAACCAAAAAAAAAAAAAAAUGAUUUGCAAAGUGAGGCCAGUGAUUCCCGGAUUUUUGACUUUAAUGUUCACUUACGAUGUUUUGGGAGUUUAUGGCGCACUGACAACUUCAGAACAGGUGACGGGAAUGAUGGGAGAAAUGGUUUCCAUGGAGUGUAACUAUGUCAACCCUCCUGGUCAGAACUGGUAUGUCAUCCAAUGGAAGAGGAGGAACAAUGGCACAGAUCCCGAAACCAUUGUUACGUUGCAAAAUAAUUUCCUUACGGAGGACACGAAACCUUUAGGAGCUUCCUGGAACAGGGACCUUGACCCUGGAUUUCGCAGCCGAGUCAGGACGAACAUUCGUCAGGACGAAAACAGUCUAAAGUUUAACCUAGAGAUCUAUGAUUUCAGCUGCGGAGACAAAGGCCUGUAUUCUUGUGAAAUGACGGGAGAUCACAGUGCCACAUCAUUGACUAGACUUGUUCUUGAAGCCAAGCCUGAAAAACCCGUGAUCAACAAUGACGUCAUUAUCGUUGACGAAAACAGCACGUGUGAGUUAGAGUGCGAAGUUUUGGCGGGACUUCCUCCAGUUAAUCUCGUUUGGCUCAUCUCAACUCCUGGCAGUUCCAAGUAUGAGCCAAUGGAAAACCUUCCAGAACGAAUUGUCAAGGAGGGGCCAGACUGUCGACCCAGGGUCAUUCAGUCCGUGCAGCUCAUAGUCACCAAGGAAAACAGUGGUUCUAUGUUUAGAUGCAAGGUGAAAUCCAGUAAGGCAGAUUUCAUCACAGAUGACCUGUAUGACGAGGUUGAAGUUAAAAUUCCUGAUCCCGUUAUCCCGUCCUCUCCUGCGUACACGCUGUCCUGUGUUGAAGGGGAGUGCUUAUCGGACGGACCGAUACAAGACAAAUUGCAUAACAGUGGAGCCAUUCUAUUUACGUCCAUCUUUUCACCUGUUGUUUCCAUGGUUAUUUACAUAAUUUUAUGACGUCAUAUGUGUCGUGUAGACGUGAUCAGGAAUCUCCAUCGAUGUUCCUCUCUUUUGAGAUGCGACUGUCCAUUCUAAGAAAUCCAGAGACUUGGUUUAUGAAAGUUUAUUUAUUUGUGUAUAGAUGAUGAGAGAGUGAUUUGAAAGUGUAAUAUAUCAACGUGAUCUCAAAAUUACGCAUACCACUGUAUAUUCUACAAGGAAAGAAUCCUAGCAUCACUUUAAGAAUUGUAUGAGCAUGAAAUAUAUGUUGUACCGAAUGCUUCCAAAACGAAUACUGAGACGAGGUAAAUGGUUAUAGUGUGCAUGUUACAUAAGUGUUGUUUUUAAAAAUCAAAAAUCUUAUUUAAUGAGUUGGAAUACAUUUAUGUGUUCAAAACACCAUUAGUAAUAUUGUACAAUGCGACUGUGUAUAUUUGAUGGUUGUGCGCAGGUACCGGUGAAAUGGUAUAUUUAAACGGUUUUGGAAGCUUGUGCCAUUUUUGUUUACUGCGCAUACAUGUGUAAUUUGAAUGUCGCAAAUGUUUCAUUACUGUCGCGUCAUCCUGUAUCGGUAAUGUCAUUUCCCAGUUUCAUAUAUUGUAUUUAGAUUAGUACUUAAUUCAAAUGACAAUUCUUUAUACUUUUAAAACUGAUGUCGAAAAUAAAUUUUAAAAGGACAA